AUGGAAACGCUAUGUAGAAUAGGCACUACCAUACUACUUGGAAUCCUGGACAGCAUCAAGGGCAUAACUGUGGUGUUCUAUCUAGACAAGGAAGCCAAUCGAAAGCUUUCGCAACCCUCCACAAAGCCUCUGCUCGGAGGAACAUCAGCUUCCCGAACAAAAGAAAGCCUCUCGUCACAGCCUCGCGCGUCAUCAUCCAGCUCACUCGCUUCGCAUCGUAUCGAGGAAUCAAAGGUACUGAAACGCGUCAUCCAUUGCUCGUCACUGAAUGGCGGAAUAUUUAUGCUCAGCAUCCUGUUUUUCGAGUAUGUCGUACUGCCCGGAUUGCAUCUCUUUCUGUGGUACUUGUUUCGCAACUCAACCACCAUGACGACCGUCUGGGGCUGGAUGCAACCGUCCCUGUCGCUGCUGUUUAACUCGUUAUGGGUAGCGCCGCUAUUCCUGAUCAGUAAGAUCGUGAACAGCCUUUGGUUUCAGGACAUUGCCGACUCGGCGUACAAGUUCCGGAAGGGCCGUCCGCAACUCAUACCAAGCAUCAGCAAACUGAUCGCCGAUACGCUUAUCAGCCUGCUGAUCCAAAUACUGUUCCUGCUGCAGAGUACGCUCGUCAAGUAUCUCCCAGUGCCGGUGCCAUUUGCGUGCAGCGCAAUUUAUAUGGUUCACAUGAGCUUGCUGUGUUCGCUGUACGCGUUCGAGUACAAAUGGUUCAACAUGGGCUGGGAGCUGCACAAACGCUUGACAUACAUAGAACAGAACUGGCCGUACUUUUUGGGUUUCGGUCUACCACUAGCCGUACUGUCUGAGCUCCCCAACUCGAUCGUAAUCAGUGGCUGCGUGUUUUCCGUUCUGUUUCCACUCUUCAUUAUCAGCGCGAACGAAGCAACGCCGAAAGUGGACGUAUGCGAGACACCACUGAAGCUAUUUUCCAUCGUGGUCGCCCUGACGAACGCACUCUUUCGGGGUCGAACGAAGCCCGGAAAGGCCGCGUUAUCGCAGCCCCUGACACCUACAGGGGGUGGCAAUUUUCGCGGCUUGACGCCACCGAUCGCAUCCUCCACUCCUUCGUUCGUAUAUCAGCAGCAGCAGCACCAAUUGCGGCAGCAACAUCAUCAUCAAAACUCCUUGAAGCAUCACCAUCACCGUUCGCACCAACGUCAGCCAUCGCCAUCACCGUCCGCCACGUCGUCUUCCUUUGCGUCGUCGGCCUCGGUGCAAACUGCCCAGCAAUUUCAACACCAAACAAUGCUGAAUCGACCACUCAGGCGAUAGGGGUGAAAGCGAAGCGGUUUGAACAUCGUUUAACUCACCCUACCUACUAACGCUCCUCUGCAAGGUGGCGAAACGGGUUGUAAACACCGAAAAGCAAGCAGGCAACAAGCUCAAACAACGACGACAGCAACACAAAUCUGCGCGAAGUGUUUUUUUCACUCCGCACAAAAAAACCAGGAGAGAAAAAGCAAUCAUCGAAAGGACUAAGAACGACAGAUCGAUGUCGCCAAAUUAUAAAAAUACGUAUAAUCCUAAACCUUGUCGAAAUUAGGAUGAAAAAACGCAACGAUUUCCGCCGGUGAAAAUGAAAAUGAUUUUGUAAAAAGAAAAAGCUUCCUUCGGUAGCUAAGCGAAGCCAGAGAUGAAGGAAUUCCAUCACAGAGCUGACCCUCUGCCAUGGAGUGAAAAUUCGGGCCGGUGGUGGACAUAACGAUAUUUUCAAUGUUAACUACUAUAAUAGUACCAAUAUUACCAUUGUUCUAUACACGUGACGACAAUGGACUGUGCUUUUCAUGUCGAAUUGUACCAUUACACAUAUAGGCAGUAAAGAAGAUUUCCGUGAGAUUAUGUGAAACAAAAACAAAACAAAUCAACAAUAGUGAUGUACUUAUAGCAUAACGCCGACUGAUAUCUGACGAGGGGGAUAGCUAAUAGUAAGGUAGCAAAGGGGACGACAGCCGUUAGGUGUAGAAUUUUGGAUUUUCGGGGAGUUACCUCCGGUUUUCGCUCAUGCUUUCGACACUAAGCAAGUCUAAUGGUUCUGCUUACAAAGGGUAAAAAGGGGCGCGUAGUAAACAUUUUGUAAGUUGUUUUUUACCGAUCGGAAUUCGAGGUUUGGAAGACUGCCUUAUAGGCUAUUCAAAGUAAUCGUAACUGUGAAACAGAU